GGCAUAACACAGCAUACCUUGAAAAUCGCGUGAUAUCAUAUUGAAUCCACCCUACUCGCAGGGUUAGGGUCAAUCCGCCCCAUAUUCAACCCAACAGCCCACUCACCCCCGUUAAACCUCAAUUUCACCCGUUCCACAACGGAAGUUGUGCAAUGCUGAGUAACACCUCGGCAAAUACACUUACUUCAUCGUAACCCUAUCACAUCACACAUCUCAAUAAAUACACGCGCGCAGCACGCACGGAAGACGCGACAAUAACAUUCUGAGAAUAACAGGCGGUGUUCAUGAAGGAUGGACUUGUCGGCCAGUGCGAGCAGCAUUCCGCCAAAGGACUUGCCUCCCAUCGCGGCGUUGUUUGUGAUUUAUUUCGAUAUCAAGGCUGGACAAACUAUCAUCUGGAAGAAAUUUGCGCAGGGAGUCUCGCUUAGCGGGGUGGAAUUUAAAUCGCUGCCGAGUGGGCUGCAUAAUUUGGUGGAAGAUUUAGUGUAUUUCGUCCAAGCACCAUAUGCAGGUAUCAGUGCUUUCAUCAAUACUCCUGCGGCGGAGGCAGAACGGAACGCCUGUAUGCUCUCCGUCGGUGUGCUCGUUCCACUUAGCUACGGACGGCUAGGGAGGAGUUGGAGACAUGCGGAGAAUUUGAAGGAGCUGGCAAAGAAAUUUGCAGCAAACACAGAAGACCAUGCACCGUUAGAAGAAUACUACGAAUUGAAUAGGAUUCAUGAAUCCACAGAAGCUCCUGAGUCGCCAGCGGAGUCACCGUCAAGUUUGAGGUAUCGGCCUUCCUCGAGAUACAAGCCUCCGUUCGAUAGUUUGAACCGCCAUAGCCGGACGAGGUCCAUAUCGGAUACUACGGCUCUUGCGGCCCCCGGGCAGGCGCUGAGUCCAUAUCACCCUGCAUUGUCACUGCCGGAGUUUGUGGAUACGUUUGGGCCAUUGGUUUUCCCGCUCUAUAGAGCCGCGUUGACCCGACAGCGGAUAUUGCUUAUUACUGGUGCACCAGUUGAGUUGGCUUGCAACUUUGUCUACGAUAUAUCAAUCCUUUCCAACAUCCCCCUCUCUGUCGCUGAUCUCCUUUCCUCUGAACCCUCCCGCCUUCGUCCACUCUUUAGCAUAGGAGUCCACGACAUCCCAUUGCUAGAAGAAGAAGCCAAACGAAUACACCCAACAUCCCAGCCCCCGCACGACCGCGACCACCUCGGAGGUGAGCAGGGUAGCUGGGUAGCUUGUACAACCGAUGGCAUCUUAUACCUAAAGAAUGAGCUAUACGAUGUAGUAGUCUCCAUGCCCCCAGCACACUCCAAAAACGCAAAGAAAAAAGUCUGGCCCACAAUCGAGUGUCCCGCUGGCACUCCCAUAAAAGCCACACAGCGAGACCUAGCCAGAUACAGAGCACUGAAAAGGUCCCUCGCGCGCUACAAAAACACCCCCCCAUCCAUAGACCUCUCCUCCCCAACGCAAGAAGAAGACCGCGACUCCCGCGAAGAAGAAGUCUGUGAAAAGCCCACCUGGCGCGAAAUCGCCUACUCAUCAUUCAUGUGGUGGGCCAGCGCUGGAGAAAAGCGCCGCGAGACUGAGACCGCCGCGUCUGACGAGCUCUUCUUCGAAGAUAGCAAGCGGCCCAGAAGCGAAGUUCUCGACGACGCCGUCACCAACGACGAGGAAGUCCACCCGCUCCUGCCCACAUCCCCGCGUCGGAACAAUUCUUCGCCGUUGCCGAGAUCCCACCACCGACGGAGGUCGAGCGCUUUCAGUGUUGGUGGUGCUGGUGGUGGUGCCGGCAGCGAUUUAGGGAACAUGGAGAUGGAUAUCGUCGCGUACUUCCAUAGACUCACAGGACGGCUAAUGGCGUAUCUAGCUAAGAUUGUGGACGACGGGGAGGACGAUGGAGGUGCUGGUGGGGAUGGAGAAGCCGGGGAUGGUGACGAGGUGUUUAUUAGCCUUGAGGACUUGGAUAAGUUGGGAUUGGAUCGGCAUAGUGAGCUUGACGUUACCUUUGUGAAGAAUAUCUGCUUGCGGUACUUUGGCCGGGAGGCGGCAGUGGAGGGAGUUGCGUGGGAGUGUUGUGGGAUUAGGUAUUGCUAG